ACAUGAAACUAUUGAAAAAAUAAUGUUGUUAUGAAAACUUUAUUUAAUAAUAAAUAUAUUAAAGUAGUGGCCAAUAUGUGGACUGUGCAUUGAAAUAAUUCUAGUCAUUCAAUGAAGAAUAAAAUAUCUUUGACAAUUCCAUCAAAACGCACCCAUAAAGUGUGGUCGGAUAUACAUGGAGAUUUAGUUAGGACGAAAUGAAAUAAAUAAAUAAGUGAAUAUAAUAUUUAAAGCUGAAUCAAAUAACACCUGUAUAAACACUUCCUCCUUUAAAUCGGGCUUUGUUAUGGUGAAAAUAGAUGCAUACAAUCCGAAGAAAAUUGUGAAAAUGGACUGGAUAUUCAUUCUUUUGUUGCCAUCAGUUAUACCUGUGUUUGAGGCAGCUGUUUGCAACAAAAACGAUUGUUGUCCCGGGACCGAAAAAGACUCAUGUAUAAAUGAAACAAAAGAAGAGUGCCUUAUUGCCAAACCAAUUCAUAAUAUUCUACGACGAAUUACUGGAUACCAGACACAAGAUGAUGAAUAUCCUUUCUGUGACUUCUACAUAUCGCCUGGCUGGUACACCCUCUGUGGCCAUGUGUUGUCGACUAAUCGGACUGGCUGCGGAACAGUCUUCAAUUGGAUUAGGACCGGUGCCUUGCCGGAGGACGGUCCAGAUUUAGUUGAUGUUUGCCUGACGAAAAAGGACGAGGGGGAGUGUCUGGAGAAUUCGCAAGUUAACGCGUCCAAAUGUCAUGAUGGCACAUACGUCUUUUAUCUUGUUGAUACCCAGAGUUGUCCUGAGGCAUAUUGCAUCGAGUCAGCAGUUGUGACUACAAAUAAAGAUUCCAUGUGUACCGUCAACGCAAAUGAAAAACGCUGUGAGGGGUGUUGCGUGAAUGACAGCGAGUGUUUGGCGAUCAAUGGUGAAUGCGUUUUCAACGUCUCUUCAGAUGUGGGCAAGUGCAAGUGUCGGCCAGGAAGUGUUUUCCGUGAUGGAAAUUGUUCUGAAGAAACAAAAGAAGAAUGUCUAAUUGCUAAACCAAUUCAUAAUAUUCCCCGACGAAUUAUUGGAUACCAGCCACAAGAUGAUGAAUAUCCUCUCUGUGACUUCUACAUAUCGCCUGGCUGGUACACCCUCUGUGGCCAUGUGUUGUCGACUAAUCGGACUGGCUGCGGAACAGUCUUCAAUUGGAUUAGGACCGGUGCCUUGCUGGAGGACGGUCCAGAUUUAGUUGAUGUUUGCCUGACGAAAAAGGACGAGGGGGAGUGUCUGGAGAAUUCGCAAGUUAACGCGUCCAAAUGUCAUGAUGGCACAUACGUCUUUUAUCUUGUUGAUACCCAGAGUUGUCCUGAGGCAUAUUGCAUCGAGUCAGCAGUUGUGACUACAAAUGAAGAUUCCAUGUGUACCGUCAACGCAAAUGAAAAACGCUGUGAGGGGUGUUGCGUGAAUGACAGCGAGUGUUUGGCGAUCAAUGGUGAAUGCGUUUUCAACGUCCCUUCAGAUGUGGGCAAGUGCAAGUGUCGGCCAGGAAGUGUUUUCCGUGAUGGAAAUUGUUCUGAAGAAACAAAAGAAGAAUGUCUAAUUGCUAAACCAAUUCAUAAUAUUCCCCGACGAAUUAUUGGAUACCAGCCACAAGAUGAUGAAUAUCCUCUCUGUGACUUCUACAUAUCGCCUGGCUGGUACACCCUCUGUGGCCAUGUGUUGUCGACUAAUCGGACUGGCUGCGGAACAGUCUUCAAUUGGAUUAGGACUGGUGCCUUGCCGGAGGACGGUCCAGAUUUAGUUGAUGUUUGCCUGACGAAAAAGGACGAGGGGGAGUGUCUGGAGAAUUCGCAAGUUAACGCGUCCAAAUGUCAAGAUGGCACAUACGUCUUUUAUCUUGUUGAUACCCAGAGUUGUCCUGAGGCUUAUUGCAUCGAGUCAGCAGUUUUGAAUACAAAUGAAGAUUCCAUGUGUACCGUCAAUGCAAAUGAGCAACGCUGUGAGGGAUGUUGCGUGAAUGACGGCGAUUGUUUGGCCAUCGAUGGUGAAUGCGUUUUCAACGGCUCUUCAAAUGUGAGCGAAUGCAGGUGUCGGCCAGGAAGUGUUCUCCGUGAUGAAACUUGUUCUGAAGAGCAACGCUGUGAGGGAUGUUGCGUGAAUGACGGCGAUUGUUUGGCCAUCGAUGGUGAAUGCGUUUUCAACGGCUCUUCAAAUGUGGGCGAGUGCGGGUGUCGGCCAGGAAGUGUUCUCCGUGAUGAAACUUGUUCUGAAGAGAAAACGACUGCGAAACUUGAGGAUACGUCGAAACUCAAAUUUGUGUUGGCAAUCAGUUUUCUACUGUGCGGAGGAAUAGCAGCUGUCGCAAUCAUUACCUGCCUUACUUGUCGACAAAGAAAGAAAACUGCAAGCAACACGGAAGACAAGAUUGGUGUAUAUGAUGAAAUUUCCCAUGACCCAUACACCAAACUGGAGACGGGAAAGGCAUGUGAGAAGACACAAUACUACCCUAUCUUAUUUGUUGUCGAAGGAAGCAAAGACAUUUAUCCGACAAAAGGCAGGUUUGAUGAAAUGAAUGAUGACCACGUAUACACAACAAUCUGAUCCCUCCCUGUUUUGUUGAACUAUUGAAAUUCGUGAUAUUUUAGAUAGUUACCGACUACAAAACCAGAUGGUGAAAAAAAAAAGAACAAAAAGUUUAAAAACACUCUUCGAGGAUAUAUACUUUCAUCACAUAAACCUUUUGACACUGUGUGCUUUGUUUUUAUACUAAAAAUUAAACUUGUACGUUGAUUUAGUUUUAUUGCCUAUAAUUGUAUUAAUUUUUAUGUUUGAUAACAGGCCCAUCUCGUGCUUUCAAUCACGUGACUUCAUACUAAAUGAAAUUUUAAUUUAAUUUUAAUCAUUUUACUUUAACAAUCAAUUGUAAGCAGAAUGUAUGAAAGUAUUAAAAUAAAUACAUGUACAUGA